AUGAAAAUCAUUAUUCUUUGUUUAUUGUCUUUUAGUGUUUUAUCUCAAUUAUCAAAGUAGACAGUCACACAUAAAAUCAAGAUUGGAGUAACAAUUGAUGGCAAGAAUGAAGGAGAAAUUACUUUGGGUUUGUUUGGAAAAGUUGUACCUAAGACUGUAGAAAAUUUCAGAGCUUUGUGCACAGGUGAAAAGAACGGCAAGGGCUAUGCAGGAUCACCAUUCCAUAGAAUUAUCCCAAAUUUCAUGAUCUAAGGAGGUGAUUUUACAAAUGGUAAUGGUACUGGUGGAGAAUCAAUCUAUGGAAACAAAUUCAAUGAUGAAAAUUUUAAUUUGAAACAUGAAAUCGGAUGUAUUUCAAUGGCAAACGCAGGACCAAAUACCAAUGGAAGUCAAUUCUUUAUUACAACUGCUGAUACUCAUUGGUUAAAUGGAAAACACGUUGUUUUUGGAAGAGUCAUAGAAAAUAUGGAAUUAGUAAAAAAGAUUGAAGGUUAAGGAUCAUAAAGUGGAUAGCCUAAAUCUAAAGUCGUAUUUGCCACUUGCAGUGCAGAAGUUGUUUCAGACGAAUUAUGAUGAAUUAUAAAGAGAUUUACAUUUAUUCAUUUAUUAUAUAUUUAUCUGUCUUUAUGUUA